AUGGUGAAAGCCCUGAGUCUUGCGUGCCUGGGUGUGCUGGGCCUCGCCGGUGCCCACAAGCCCCGGACGGACAUCGAAAAGGCCUUCGACCAGUUCCUGAAGGACUUCGACAAGGACUAUGACGACGUGGAGAAGCAGGCCCGCUUUGGCGCCUUCGCGGACAACUUUGACUACAUCUCGCGCGAGAACGCCAAGGGCCACUCCUACAAGCUAGGCUUGAACGAGUUCUCAGACAUGACGCUGGAUGAGUUCAAGAUGAGCAAGCUCGGGCUGAAUCUGCCUGGAUCGAUGUGGGGAUCCUUGAAGAGCCUUGGCACUCACAAGCCCGGCAACUCCUCCGCGCCCAGCUCCGUUGACUGGCGCAGCAAGGCUGUGACACCGGUGAAGAACCAGAAGCAGUGCGGGUCUUGCUGGGCCUUCAGUACUACAGGUGCCUUGGAGGGCGCCUGGGCCAUCGCCACGGGCAAGCUCGUCUCGCUGUCCGAGCAGCAGCCCGCGUUGGUGGACUGCUCCAAGAAGUUCGGCAACCAGGGCUGCAGUGGAGGCCUCAUGGACAACGGCUUCAAAUACGAGGAGCAGGCCCCUGUGUGCACCGAGGCCUCCGGCUGCACGGUGGGCAUCCCCGCACAUGGCGUCACCGGCUACAAGGACGUGAAGGUUGAUGACGAGCAGGCUCUGAUGGACGCCGUCUCCAAGCAGCCCGUGUCCGUGGCCAUCGAGGCGGAUCAGAUGGCUUUCCAGAUGUACAAGAGCGGAGUUCUCAGCAAGACCUGCGGCACCUCUUUGGACCACGGUGUGCUGGUCGUGGGCUACGGAACUGAGGACGGCAAGGACUACUGGCUGGUGAAGAACAGCUGGGGAGCCACUUGGGGAGAACAGGGCUACGUGAAGCUGGAGCGUGGCAAGCCAGGUCCGGGUGAGUGUGGCAUCAAGAGCCAGGCGUCCUACCCCGUCGUUUCGGGCAAGCCGGGCCCCUCUCCUUCCCCACCGUCCCCGCCGUCCCCGCCGUCUCCUCCGACUCCCAGCAAGAGCCACUACGAGAAGCCUCCCUGCCAGGGCGACGAGACCCAGGCCGAGGUGGAGGGUGCCGGUGGCAGCGUGUGCGCCCCAAAGUGCAACACCGGCUCCUGCCCAACGGAUGUCCCGGAGGGCACCAGCGCCAAGCCCAUGUGCAUCCUGCAGGACUCCAGCACCGGCGACAAGUACUGCGCACUGGCCUGCAUCAUGGGAGGUUGCCCCAGCGGUGCCAAGUGCGUGCACCUGUCCAGCCUCCUGGGCGUUUGCAUCUACCCCGACUCCCAGUCUAGCAUGAAGCUCGGAGUUGUGCCAGAUUCCAGCGAGAUCACGGUCUGA